AUGUCUGAAAAUUCCUUGCAAGGUGUCAUUCCUUUUUCAUUUAGAAAUUUGAGUCACCUGAACACUCUAGACUUAUCCAAUAACAAGUUAUCAGGACAAAUUUCUAAUUCUAUUGAAUAUUUAGAUAAUCUUCAUGUGUUAGACUUAGGUGAGAACAAUUUUCAAGGAAAUAUGUUUACAAAUAACUUUAGCCUAACUUAUCUAUAUGCUUUUAUUGUUAAUAAGAACCAAUUGACUGGAGAGAUUCCAAAUAGUAUUUGCAAGAUGUUUUUUUCAAUCUUAGAUAUUAGUGAGAAUCGAUUGUCUGGUGCAUUGCCUUCUUGUAUGAACAACUUUCAAUAUUCCCUUAAGGUCUUGGAUGUUAGAGGAAAUAGUUUAGAAGGAAGUAUACCAUCUAAAUUUUGUGGUUUUUUUUGGCUUCAGUACUUGGAUCUCUCUAACAAUCAUUUCUCUGGUUUAAUUCCACCUUGCUUCAACUUCCCUCACUUGUUGUAUUUGAAUUUGAAGGAUAACAACUUCACUGGUUCCUUAUUAAGUGCUUCUUUUGGCAACAACCUGGAAAUACUAGACAUAGGAAACAACCAUUUCAUUGGUGGUAUUCCUAAUUGGAUAGGCACCCUCCAAAAUCUAAAGAUAUUCUCUUUGAAAGGAAAUCAUUUUAAAGGACCAAUCCCCAAACAAAUAUGCAACUUGAAAUAUCUUCACAUAUUAGACUUUUCUCAAAACAAUUUAUCUGAAGAAAUUCCUCCAUGCAUUCAUAAUAUCGGUCAUCAUUUGGAUUCUGUGACCAUCAUUUUGGAAGAGGUUGGUAUUGGCAUCAAUGAGUCCAAUAUCUUUCCCUAUCACUACUUCUCCAAUAUGCUAUCUCCCGAGGAAAUGUUCCCAGCUUCUGUUGAAUAUAUUGAUUUUGCAACAAAAGAGAGAUCAUAUGCUUACAAAGGUGAUAUCAUCAACUACUUUUCUGGAAUAGAUUUAUCUUGCAACAAAUUGGUUGGUCAGAUCCCAAUUGAGAUCGGCGACAUGGCAUGGCUCCUAGCAUUAAAUUUGUCCAACAACAUGCUACAUGGUCCAAUACCUCAUACACUAUCACGGUUGACAGAGAUUGAAAGUUUAGAUCUCUCACACAACAUGUUGGCAGGAAGAAUUCCUUCGCAACUAGCAGAGUUGCAUUUCAUUGAAUUUUUCUCAGUGGCAUAUAACAACCUCUCUGGUCCAACACUUGGGAUGGUUGGACAGUUCAGCACAUUUAGUGAGAAAAACUAUGAGGGGAAUCCUUAUCUUUGUGGCCCUCCCUUGGUGAAGAGUUGCAAUAAUAUGUCAUCACCACAUCAAAAUCAAGUUAAAGAUGGCCACAAAAACGAAGAAACAAUGGAGCGCUUUAUAACCAUUGCAAUUUUUGUUUUGGGUUUUAUUAUGGGCUUCUGGGGAUGGAUGGCUCUUCUAUUUUUCAAGAGAAGCUUGAGUUAUUCUUUCUUUCUAGGAGUGGAUGGAUACAUGGAGGAUAUUGUUGAUAUGGCUCGAAAUCUUCUAGCAAAGAUUAAAUAG